UCUGGUGGGGCGACUAUUUGCAGACAUUUGCAGUGCAGUGCGGUGGCGCCCCGCGGGAACUGAAAGAACCAUGGCUACGGAGCUCGAGGAGCUUAUAGGCUUCCUGUCUUCUCCGUCACCUCAAAUAACGAAGGUUGCUGUUGAUAUAGUUCGUGGACUAACUGGCUCUGAUGAUGGCUUGCAAUCCUUGGCCAAAUAUGCAAAGACAGUGCUACCAUCAUUAUCUCAACUCCUAGCUGGUCCGAAGGAGGUUUCUGAACCUGCAGCUGAAGCCCUUGUUAAUCUAUCUCAAAACUCAAAUCUAGCAGCCGAGAUGGUUCAUUUGGGAAUGAUCAAAACUGCAAUGGAUGUUUUAUGCAAGCCAGAGUGUACCAUUACACGCUUGCUUGUCAUGCUUUUGGUGAAUCUUACGCAACUGGAUGCUGGCAGCACUUACUUGCUCCAGACUGAUGAUGAUAAGAUGCAUGGACUAUAUGUGAUGAAGCUUGUCAGAUCAUUUUGUAGAACUACCCAUGAAGGUCAUGAUGGUCCUUUUGAGCAUGUUGGGUCAAUACUUGUUAAUAUCUCAAAGCAGCAAGCAGGAAGGAAGCUUCUGCUUGAUCCAAGGAGGGGGCUCUUGAAGCAGAUAAUUAGACAAUUUGACUCAAACAGCUCAUUGAGAAAGAAAGGGGAAGUGGCAAGUCAAUUGGAGAGGCUGCUACGUCAUUUUGAUAUGUCAAUGGUCCGAUGCUCUGUAUUUGGGACUUUACGCAACUGUUGUUUUGAAGCUGAAAAUCAACUACAGAAUUUGCUUUUGAUAUCUGAGUUUCUCUGGCCAGCAUUACUGCUUCCAGUUGCUGGCCAUAAGUUAUACAGUGAGCAAGACACAUCAAAAAUGCCACUUGAACUUGGUACUGCACUCUCAAUUGAGCGCGAACCAGUUACUGAUGCUGAUAUUCGUAUUCAAGCAUUGGAAGCCAUAUACUUGAUUGUAUUGCAGGAGGCAGGUCGAAGAGCCUUUUGGUCUGUAAACGGACCGAGGAUAAUUCAAAUUGGUUAUGAAGAUGAGCAAGAUCCAAAAGUGAUGGAAGCAUACGAACAACUGGGAUCCUUGCUAAUUCACAGCGGAGGAACAGAAGAACCAUCCAGUGAGAGCGCAAAGUAGUGAUACUUGGGUGUUAUUCCUCUCGGCCUCCUAAAUAUCCCAGAAAGAAAUCUGAACUGCAAACCAGCAAAAGAUUAUUCUAAGCCAAAAUUUCCCUUUUUGAUGCUUGAAAUGCCACUUCUAGAGUUUAAACAGAAUAUGUGGCUUAGAUGUUGUCCGAAAUUAUUAUGCAAGCUUUAGAUGCUGUGUUUUGCGUAUGAUUGGUCUUAGUCUUCAUUUAUGAUGUAUCAAGCAUUGAGGAUUUUCCUCGAACGACGCAUGAUUAGGAGCUCUGAUUGCUGAUGAUUC